AUGCGGUACUAUACCACUACCAUUCUAGCACUCGGAUUCUUCACUUUUCAAACCGUCACAAGCUUUGCGAUUCCAGCAAAAAGACCAUUAGUCGGCCUAGAACCUCCAUUUGAGGGCCUAGGUCCCGUCAAACUCCCUCACAACCCACCAAUCCGAGCUCUCGAACCCGUCCAAGAACGCACCUAUGAGGACAAACCAGGAUCAGGUAUCCCAUCAGUACAGUAUAUCAGGAAUGAGAAAACCGACUCUUUAACCCGGAUGACCAAGAACCAGGGUACUGAGAAAGCAACCACCGAAGAAUCCCAAACGCAAGAGACAUCAACUCCAGAUCAAACCCACAAGCGUAGCGAUACAAAAGAUGAGGAAUGGCAAGCCAGCAGAUUCCCUGAUCUUGCACACGAGAAGCGAGGGAUAGGAGAUAAAAUAACUGCUUGGCUAGCUAAGGAAUUCCACUUCCAUAGGGUGUGAAUGACAUAGGGUGUGAAUGACAUAGGGUGUGAAUGAUCCUUCGUCCUAGCCGAAACUUCUACGCGCUGUUGUAAAUGAGCAGGGUUUACUAUUCCCGGG